CUUCGUUGGUCUGCUGCGCAGAUUUGAACCAUCUUCCCUAUACAGCUGUCGGUGUUUCCCCGCACGGUCCCUGUUGACCGGCAGUCGAAAUGGCGGAGACCGCAGUCAUGACAAGCGGUCCUAUCGCCGAGGACAAUAUCAUCAACCGCCGCGGCGGUGAGUCGAUCUAUCAAAGCUGCGUCAAUCUCAAAAAGCGCCUCGCGGAACUCCCGGAUUUCGAAUCGCACUUACGAGAGAUGGACGAAGAGGAUCUCGCACAGGGAAACACCGACCCUGUGGCGUCGCUAUGGAAUUGCCUCCGGGAAGGGUACCCCUUGUUGACCAUCUACAACGCCUCAAGCCCUGAAGAGGUCCUCGAGGUCGAUCCUGAAAAGGUACCGGAAGCAAAACGUCCCAAGGCUGCCACCUUCAAAUUCCUACAGGCAUCUUUGAAAGAGCUGGGCUUUCCGCAACAAGACUGCUUCCUAAUCACCGACUUGUAUGGUGAGAGCACAACCGGCUUUAUCAAAGUGAUCAAGAUGGUGAAUCGUGUGUUGGAUAUUCUAGAAAUGCAGGGUCAGCUGAAGCGAACGUCCGAUGUCUCCUCCCGCGCCCCGGAAAAAGGAACUGUGAAGCUUACCAAGAGAGAGCACAUUCUUAAGGAGUUGUUGGAGACGGAGCGCGACUAUGUUCACCAUCUUCAAAAUCUACAAGCACUCAAGAAAGAACUGGAGGAGACUGGGGCUCUUACCGGCGACCCUAGUCAUCAGAUCUUUUUGAAUUUGAAUAAUCUUCUUGAUUUCGCCCAGCGAUUCUUAAUUCGUAUUGAGCAGCACUAUGCCUUGCCGGAAGAGAGGCAAAACUGGGGCGAGUUGUUUAUCCAACACGAGGAUGCUUUCCGGCAGUAUGAGCCGUUUAUCGCGAACCAAUUGCGUUGCGACGAAGUCUGCCUGAAGGAAUGGGACAGAAUUCAUACAGCCCCGAGGACUGUUGACUUAAAGCAGAUGGUGGCUCAACCCUCAACGCUUAAUGGGUUCUUUGUCAAGCCUUUCCAGCGACUGACCAAAUAUCCUUUGAUGCUUUCCGAACUCCGCAAACAGACUGAAAAUCCAGAGUUGCAGAUGGACAUUACCCGUGCCAUCGACUCCAUUCAGUCUGUCCUUGAUUCUGCAAACGAUGCUAUCGACAAAGAACACCUGGCUUCGGCAUUCACAGAGCUAGACGAACGAGUAGACGAUUGGAAGUCACUAAAAAUAGAAUCGUUUGGUGACUUGCUCCGCUUCGGCACAUUCACCGUUUUGAAGGGAGACAAUGGCAAGGACUCGGAAAGAGAGUACCACAUCUACCUUUUCGAACGCAUCCUUCUCUGCUGCAAAGAUAUCAAUCCGAACAAACAGAAAACGAAAUUGAUUGUGGGCAAAGAUAAACCGGCUACUACUGUGAAAGGAAAACCACGCUUGCAGCUUAAGGGUCGCAUUUACAUGGCAAACGUGACGGAUAUAGCUUGCUAUCAGAAGCCAGGCUCUUAUCGUAUUCAAAUCUUUUGGAAAGGUGACCCAGGCGUAGUUGACAAUUUUAUCAUACGCUAUCAAAAUGAAGAUGCCAUGCGCAAAUGGUACAGGGACAUUGACAACCAACGAGCAAUUCAAGCAGAACACCGCAGCGCACGGAACACCGGUACAUCCGAGACGGAAUUUACGUACAUGAGAAAUAUGGCGAACAUGCCCAACCCCUACCUUGAACAUGAUGCCGAUGACCAAGGAACUAAGGAGGCUGGCUUCUUCUCCGAAUUUCCUAUGAGCCGGAAUGCAUCAAGCACUAGUCUCCGGACGCGAUCCGCAACCGGUGGUAGUGGUGGUUCUGGCCCGCCCCUGUCAAAUAAAUUUCGCUUCCCUAUGCCAGAUCCGAACCUUUCCGUGCAUACACAGUUCCCCGGUGGUAGUAUGUCGCCAGCCGAGCGAAACGCUAGUUCUUACUUUUCGCCUGUUGCCGAAACCCCAUCCACAAGGUCGAGCUCGCAGUCUACUGCUGGUUAUUCGUACGGCCGUCAGCCGACUCCAGGCAGUACAUGGAACGAAGAGCCCAAUCGGUAUACCGCACCUGCAUUAUCUCGCGGCGUUUCUAGAGAUGGCUCGAACUCGAAUCCCUAUUUCAGCGGUGCACCCAAUGGGCGAGGCGCUCAGCGCCCUUCACUACCUCCUAUGUCUGGCACUUCUAACGGCAUGGCGCAGCGGAUGCGUUCUGCGAGUAGCCCGGAUAUACACCACAACCCUGAAUCACGUCGGUACAUGGGCGCACACACAAUGCAGACGGUCGACAACGUGCCCGUUCCCCCGAUCCCUGCUCAUAUGGCCAGCAUGAAGGCGCCUGUUAAUAGAAGCCAAGCCAAUUCACCAACCAAUACCGGUCUACCCAGCCGCAACGGAAAUGCUAUCAACGGACAACACGCGCACUUCCAUGAACCCCAGUACUCUGAAUCUCGAAUGAAUCAGCCUGUGUCAGAUCAGCCCACAUCCCCGCUGAGCCAAGAACCAGAGGAGGAUCCUCUUAUGCCGACCCAACUUAAAGCGAAGGUUAAUUUCGAUGAUAACUACGUCACUCUAGUGAUUGCCAGCAACAUCAUGUUCCGCUCCCUCACAGACCGAGUGGAUGCGAAACUGGCCCGGUUCACCAAUCGAUCAAUAGGCAGCAAGUCAGUCAGGUUACGCUACCGCGAUGAGGACGGAGAUUUCGUCACAAUUGACAGCGAUGAGGCCGUCCAGUUGGCGUUUAUGGAAUGGCGGGAGCAACAUCGUGACAUGCUUUCCAGAGGCCAAGUUGGAGAGAUUCAACUCUAUUGCCAAGCAGUCGAGAACUAAACGCAAUCUAACCGAGGCGGGGCGCUCUUUAUCAUGUUUUUACUAUACUCUUUUUUCUCUUCUCAUCUUCUUUACUUCACAUAUUAUUAUUUUCCCCCUUCUGUUUUGCUGUUUGAAAUUCCCCCUUUCGCUC